UCAUUUCUGGAGUUUCCUUUUGGAUCUUAAAAUUCGUUUGAGAUAAAAUGGCUGAGCACGAAGAGAAGCACGAGAAAUCGUUGUUGGAUAAGAUAUCGGAGAAAAUCAAAGGUGAUUCAUCGUCGUCGUCGUCGUCGGAUUCCGAUGACGACAAGCCAUCGGAAUCAUCGAUGAAGGCCAAAGUCUUCCGUCUCUUUGGAAGAGAAAGGACCGUCCACCACGUUCUCGGAGGAGGCAAACAGGCUGAUAUUUUCCUGUGGAGGAACAAAAAGGUUUCGGCCGGAGCGCUAGGUGUUGCAACUGUGAUAUGGGUUUUGUUUGAAUUAUUCGAAUACCACCUUCUUACACUAGUGUGUCACUUGUUGAUACUUGCUCUCGCACUUCUGUUCUUGUGGUCAAAUGCUACUACCUUCAUUCACAAGUCUCCACCACGAAUUCCUGAAAUUCAAAUUCCUAAAGACCCGGUUUUAGAGUUUGCGGAGGCACUUAGGUUUGAGAUUAACCAGGCUCUUGCCGUCCUGCGGGAUAUUGCAUCAGGAAGGAAUCUUAAGAAGUUCCUCUCUGUGAUUGCUGGCUUGUGGGUCUUGUCUAUUGUUGGAAAUCGGUGCAACUUCUUGACACUGUUCUACAUAGUCUUUGUUCUACUACACACUGUGCCUGUGCUGUAUGAGAAGUAUGAAGACAAGGUGGAUCCAUUUGCUGAGAAAGCAUGGCAUGAGAUCAGGAAGCAGUAUGCAGUGUUCGAUUUGAAAGUCCUAACGAAGAUUCCCAGGGGACCAUUGAAGGAGAAGAAGAAAGAUUAGGUUGCUGUUGCUAGGCUUUGACAUACAUUUGCUAGCUGUGUUUGCGAAGGUAGUGUUAAAAUUUAUCCAGUAUGGUCACAAUUUGUUGAAUAUGUGAUCUCUCUUUACUACACACAUGGAAGCCUUCUAUGUUAUCAUAUUGUAUGUUGUGGAAUAGUGUGUUGUACAUUGGGUUGAAGGUUGCUCUCAACUUGUUAUUGGAUCUCUCUCUGAAUGAUUCACUUUUGCUU